CCACCCUUUGUUCUUCUCUGUUACAAGAUGGCGCUGGCCACAUGCUGCUCCCUGGUAGUAAAUCACUGGUACACAUGCGCAGUGUGCUGCAUUCCUUAUCUCACUUACAUGCUAAUGAAGAACUCACUGAGUUCACCUAUGAGAAUACGGAUGGUUAUCUCCCGGGGCAAAUGAGGCUAGCAAGGGUACUUAAGGUGAGGCUGGGAGAGAGCCCGGGCCGCCAAUACAAGAAUAAACUUAAGUCAAGGUUUCCCGAAUAAACCAUUACAGGAAGAAACUCCUUGUGUCGCGUAAUCUUUGCUGGCGAAGGUGGACGUGACAUAAUUGGUGGCCCGUAAACGGAGUCUUCAGAACCUGUUAAUGGUCGGGGUGAAAGUUCAGCGCGCUGGGGGAAGAUAAUCCAUUCUGGCUGCUGGAGCGACUGACGCGGAGAAUUCUGACACCUGAAGAUGACACCUGGACGGAUCCCACAGAAACUACUCCUGGCCCUUGUGCUGUCUCUUUGGAUUUGGGUUCCUAAUAUAUUGGGAGAAUACAGAUGGGCUAUCUUGUCGGCCUUUCCAAAGCCAAUACCUGUCCGUCAUGAUGCAGUUGUUUUCCCAAAGUUUUUUACAACUAACAAAACCUUAGAAUUGCCAUACUUGCCCUAUGAUCCCACCCGAGCACCUUUAGGGGAGAGUCGCUCUCUACUAGAGCGAGGUUCUCUCUGUUUUGAAUUUGAUGGGGCAGGAGAAUGCAUCAAGCUCACGGGCCGGGCCUUGGGAAUGUUUGACAAGCCGAAGGGAGGCUGGCUGAGGCAGACCCGGGAUACCUCUAACCCAGUUAAAACAGUUACAAAACGGGUCUUCUGGCAAGAGGCAAUCUGGAUUAAUGGCACAUUUCUAUCGCCCAAUUUUCUAAACAAGGAGCGUCCUCGUCAACCCAGGAUAGCUCCCCAUUGUAGUUGGGAGGACGAAGGGAUAAUUCCACCCUGGUCUGAUUGUCAAUCCUCUAUUACUCGUUGGGCAGACCAAACUAAAACCUUUUCCUUUUCCCCCAAUAUGAUGGUAGACCAAGAGGAAGAAUUCGCUAUGAAACAGGGACUCUUUAUACAGGACAUUAGAAUGCACCCGUUCCGUAAGUGGGUACUUUGUGGAGUUAAUGGCAGCUAGCUGUUCAGAUCUUAAUUCCUUGGCUUUUAUCCGAGGAGGAGCUGCUGGAAAGGCCUCUUUUACUGGUGCUUCAAAAUUUUUUCAGUUCCGGGGAUUAAGUGCUGCUAUUCCGGGAAAGGAUAGAAUUACACAAAAAUAUACUAAUUCUACCAUAGAAAUCACUAGAUUCAAUAAAACCCUGGUGAAUCAAAUUGACUACCCACCUAUCCCGGUAUGCGUCUAUCCCCCUUUCUUGUUUAUUCUCUCAAAUAAGUCAUUUGAGAAGUGUUCCAAUGACACUUGUUGGAUGUCACAGUGUUGGGAUUCAGAGUGGGCUACCCGUGCCAUGGUAGCCAGGGUUCCGCGGUGGAUUCCUGUCCCCGUGGAAGUCCCUUCUACAUUAUCCCUGCUCAGACAGAAAAGAGAUUUCGGUAUCACUGCAGCUAUUGUUGUGGCCAUCUCUGUUAGUGCAGUUGAUGCUACAACUGCUGGGAUUGCUAUGGUAACCAAAGUUCAUACAGACAGAGCCCUGAACCAAUUGUCGGCCAAAGUGGCGGAUGCUGUCAAUGUCCAUACUUCUGCUAGUGUUCAGCUAAAGGGCGGGAUAACGAUUAGUAACCAAUGCCUCGAUCUGGUGGAAGAAAGACUAAAUAUUCUUUUUCAACUUGCUCAAUUGGGAUGUGAAAGAAAACUGAGUGCGCUCUGCAUUACCAGUGUACAGUAUGAAAAUUUUAGCCACGCGGCGAAUUUGUCUAGGCAAUUGUCAUUAUAUCUUGCAGGAAAUUGGUCUCAAGGCUUCGAUGAAACACUCGAAUCCUUGCAGGCAGCAGUGUUGGCUAUCAAUUCGACUCGAGUGGACCUGUCGCUGACAGAGGGACUCUCUUCCUGGACCACUUCAGCUUUUUCUUACUUUAAGGAGUGGGUGGGGGGUGAGUCUAUUUGGCGCAGUCUUAAGCUGUGGAUGCGUGUUCACGCUUUGGCUGGUCUGCAAAAUCAGAUCUCAACAAAAACGUGACAAGGUUAUGAUUGCUCAAGCACUUGCAGCUAUUAAUCAAGGCGCCUCCCCAGAGAUCUGGGUAUCCAUGUUAUAAUAAUCUUACAAGCAUUGGACUGCUCGGCUCUUGCACCCCUAAGGACGGCAUAGAAUUUGCCCUCUUCUGGUGUGUCUGAAGACAGCUACAAUAUACUUAUCUAUAAUUUAAUCUUUAAAAAGGUGCCUGGAAGGACACUUUGGGACAAGACACAUAAAGUGUGUAUCCCAAAGAGGAUAUAUAGAAACAUCCAGACAUACAAGCACGUUUAUUAUUCAUAUCAUCAAAAAGGUAAUGGCUUAAAAAACAAUUUUACAUUUUUGUAUACAUCAAAUUAUAAAGAUUUGUUCUUGAUGUACCGCAUUAUGAUGUUGAUUCUAAAGGACUUAAUUAGCUUUUGCAGAUGGUUGAUACUCAUAUUUCUAAUUUAAAAAAUCAAUAUAUGUGCAUAUAGCCAUGAUUCACCUUGGGACAUCAUUUUCAUAAAUGGCUUUUCUGAAGGAAGAGCUAGAUAUCUUGUUUAUAAUCAACAGGUGGCUAUAAAAACACAUGGGCUCAGCUCAGUUAGCAGAGCUGACAAUGAUCAACUUAUAGAUUAUGCUUUUAAUCCUUUUACAAAUUGCCAAAGGGCUCAUGCCCUGAGUAAUCUGUCAUCUAGUGUUGCUCAUACAAUUGAUGUACAAGUGUGCCUUUAUGGUCAACUGAAAAGAGGCUUAAUGGUUAUAAACCAAAGAAUUGAUUUAGUACAAGAAAAAAUUAAGACCUUGUGGCAGCUAGCCGAAGUGGGAUGUCAGUGGAAGUAUUCUAGUUUAUGCACUACCAACAUUCAAUAUGAAAAUUUUACAAGAGCUACUAAUUUGUCUAAACAAAUGUUUAAGUAUCUUUUAGGAAAUUGGACUGGUGAAUUUGACACCCUGAUGGACCAACUCCAUAUGGCUAUCAUGGCUGUGAAUUCCACUCCAGUGGAUGUGUCUUUGGCUGAAGGACUGUUAUCAUGGAUCAGUCCAGCGGUGUAUCAUCUGAAGGAGUGGGCAGGACUUAGAGUCCUUGCUGUUCUCAUGAUUUUAAUAGCAUUUGCUUGCGUGCGGUGUAUCUGUAGGAUAGGUUUGUCCAACAGAGACAGGCCGCUAUGAUAGUACAGGCACUCACAGCUAUUAAAGCUGGACAGUUCCCCCAGGCCUGGCUGACAGCCUUUAAUACUCUCACCUGAUAGCAUGUUUAAUUAUAAAAGUGGGGGAACAAACAGGAGCACAGAAUACAUGGUCAUGGUAUGAUUAGAU